AUGGACAUUCCCUAUCUGCCCCUCCGUGAUGGCAAUAAAAUUCCAAUGGUCGGCGAUACGACCUUCAAUCAGGAACUGGUGGAUGUGGCCGAGAUUGCAAUCCGGAAAGGGUUCCAUCAUAUCGACUGUGCGGAAAUGUAUGAUACCGAGCAAGAAAUCGGGAUUGCAAUCAAAAAAGCCGUCGCCCAAGGUAUUGACGACAUUGCAGCAGCUCUUGAUCACAGCCUGGAGAAGAUGCAAUUGACAUACUUUGACCUGUAUCUCAUCCACGUUCCGUUUUUCGCCAAGUCCGAUAGCGACUUUCAAGAGAAAUCGAUUGGGGUGAGCAACUAUUUACGACCGCAUCUUGAGGCCACCCUCAAAACUGCCACUGAUCCGCCGGUGAUCAACCAAAUCGAGUACCAUCCAUACUUGCAACGCGCGGAUAGCUUUUUACCAUGGAUGCGCGAACAUGGGAUUCAGGUGGCUUCAUUCAAAGGCCUCACUCCUGCCUUUCGUUGUCCUGAAGGUCCCUUAGUAGGGUGUCUAUCACGAAUCGCUGAAGCUCAUAAUACAAAGGAGACAAGUAUUCUCCUCGCGUGGUUGAUUCAGAACGGGGUAAUAGCAAUAACGACUACGUUGCAACCGAAGAGACUGGACGACUAUGCCAGAGCAUUGACCCUGAAACUGACGAAUGAGGAGCUUCAUGAGAUAUCUGAUGUUGGAUCCAAGUUUCAUUUCCGAACCUCCUGGCAAGAGAAAUUUGAAGAAAGUGACCGGGCAUGA